UUUGGUGAUGAGUUGAAUGCUUUGUAACCCGAUGAGCUCGUGCAUCUCCUGUAAAAUGACGCCUGUUUAUGUACACGCACACUGAAUGUCAAUAAUAUAUGGUCUUCACUGCUGUAUGUCAAGGGCAUGUUGCAUCUGAGCUUGUCUUGCAGCUUCGGGAAUGAUUUCCAGUAACGUUACCUUCUUGAUCACUGCAUCAUGAUGAACUAGUCACUUUAUUAGGUUCCUUAUGAAACCUUGAACAAGCGCUUCCGAGCAGCUCAAAAGAAUAUAGACCGGGAGACCAGUCACGUGACGAUGGUGGUGGCAGAGCUGGAGAAAACACUCAGUAGCUUUCCGGUGGUGGAUACCGUGGUCUCUCUCCUGGACGGAGUGGUUGAGAAGCUCAGUGCCCUCAAGAGAAAGGCUGCUGAGUCUAUCCAAGCAGAAGAUGAGAGCGCCAAGUUAUGCAAGCGGCGCAUAGAGCACCUGAAGGAACACAGCAGUGAUCAGCCGGCCAGUGUUAAUGUUUGGAAGAAGAAGCGCAUGGACCGCAUGAUGGUCGAGCACUUGCUACGCUGUGGCUACUACAACACCGCAGUCAAGCUAGCCAGACAAAGCGGGAUUGAGGAUUUGGUCAACAUAGAAAUGUUCCUUACUGCGAAAGAAGUUGAAGAAUCUCUCGAGCAUCGGGAAACAGCUACCUGUCUGGCUUGGUGCCACGAUAACAAGUCUCGCUUACGGAAAAUGAAAAGCUGUUUGGAGUUCAGUUUAAGGAUCCAGGAAUUUAUUGAACUCAUUCGACAAAACAAACGGAUGGACGCAGUAAGACAUGCACGCAAACACUUCAGCCAAGCAGAAGGAGGGCAGUUGGACGAGGUACGGCAGGUGAUGGGCAUGCUGGCGUUUCCCUCAGACACACACAUUUCACCGUAUAAGGAUCUUUUGGAUCCAGCUCGCUGGAAAAUGCUGAUCCAGCAGUUCAGAUAUGACAACUACAGAUUACACCAGCUGGGGAACAACUCCGUGUUUACCAUUACCCUGCAGGCAGGGCUGUCUGCCAUCAAAACCCCGCAGUGUUACAAAGAAGAUGGCACUUCCAAAAACCCAGACUGUCCUGUCUGCAGUAAGUCGCUGAACAAAUUGGCUCAACCUCUUCCAAUGGCCCACUGUGCAAACUCAAGGCUGGUGUGCAAAAUCUCUGGCGAGGUCAUGAAUGAGAACAACCCACCCAUGAUGCUGCCUAAUGGCUAUGUUUAUGGAUACAAUUCUCUCUUGUCAAUUCGUCAAGAUGACAAGGUGGUAUGCCCCAGGACCAAAGAGGUUUUCAACUUUUCCCAGGCUGAGAAGGUUUACAUAAUGUGAUGGGAGCUCCACAUAAGUUUUGGGACAUAAAGUUGUGGUGCCAUUGUAGGCUGGGCGAAUUUCACAUUGACACCAUUUGUCAAAGGGCGUCAAUCCUUCAGCCCUUGUUCCAUGCAAGUGAAUCUCAUUGACAGAUGUCCUUGCCCUCAACUGGCCUGCAAGACCUUCACUGAACUGAUGGUUCACAAUGGAGUCGCUAAACGGACAAUUGUGACGAGGGAUUUCUUUUUUUGUUGAUGUUUUUAAAAGGUUGAUAGUUUAGAAUUUAUUUAAAUGGUUUAUUUUCAGUAGUGUAAAACAAACCAACACGACUCCAUAUCGAUCUCAAAGGAGCUUCUUCUGCCUUGUAGUGUGUUAAGAAAAUGAAUUAUUCAUUGUUGGUUUUUUGAACAAGGGCACCCAUUUAGGUCAUUAUUUUUAGAUAGAUUGUGUGUAGGUUAGUUGUAGAGAACACUCUCCGAUGCCUUGCUUUUGCACCUGUGAAAUCUGCGACAACUUGCAUUUAUGUUAAUGUGAUAUUUUUUGACUGACAUCCUCUGUUUGAGGCAACAUGUAAAAAACAAAAAAAGUAGCUUUUAUAGCAAUACUGCUCUUUAUCUGAAGUCUGUGGAUGUACAGACUUAGACUUAGUUAUUUGGUGUCAGGCUGGUGUUUUUUUGUUUUUGUUUUUUUUAAAUCACAUUAGUUUACACUUCAACAGUAAAAUACUAUACUCACAUAAUACAGACGAUUUAUAUCAUCAACAUCAUCUAAUAAAACAUUCUGUGUAUGACCAAAAUCCUUUUAGGACAAGUAUGCAAGAUUGCAUUAAGAUGGUUAUGCCUAAAUUUGGAACAAUUUUUUUAAACUAAUGGUAUUUUGUUAUAUAAACAAUAUCAUAUAUGGUAAUCAAUAAGGUCAUGCUGCAUUAAGUGCUGUUUUGUGACUGAAGGUUAAAUAGCAAACUUAAAGCAGUUUUUGUUUUGGAUCUCACGGUAGAUUCAAAUCGCACACAGUUUUAUUACAUGGACUGUUUUUUUUUAUUAUUAUUGUUCAAAUUUGUAAUUAUCCAACCUUGAUACCCUCAUUUUGUGAUGUAAAUGACUUGUGUGAGUUUUGUUCUGCUGCAAAAAGUUUUACAUUUUUAGAAUUUGCAAAUUCAUAGUAAGUAAUCUGUAGAGUGGUUUUGAGCACAAUUUUCAAACCAGAAAAUAGUAUAAAGUACAUUUUGUUAAUGUUCCCCAUGCACACAGUCUCAGGUUUCACAGGAUCAACAGCAGGUAAUCAAUGAGUGGGAUCUCUGAAAGGCCCUCUGGUCUUUUAGUUUCAUUAAAGUACACCAACAUCUGUUCCUGCUGGAAAUGAUUCUCCAAGUAUAUGUUUAAUUGUAACUGUGGAAAGACUUGCUUAGAAACUGCGCAUGCCUGUGUAUUUUGGUAGGGUAGAUGGGUUGUUUGUGUCCAAUUGCCAAUAAAGAUUGAUUUAAUUAUG